UUUGCCCUUCAGAUAAAACUUUUCUUCAGCGUAAAUAACCUGUCCGGUUAAGUUGUGACAAAAAUUAUUUUACGCACGAUAUAAAACUGAUAAUAGUAUAAACAAUAGGCAGUGGCGUAUCUACGGAAAAUAGCGCCUAUGGCAAGCACUGAAAUUGCGCCAAUGACCAAACAUCUGACACCCAUCUUUUAGAUAACGUCUGACUUUAAUAAAAACUGCUCAGAGGCGCCAACUUCAAGUGGCGCCCAGGUCACGUGCCAUACUUGCCAUACCCUAGGUACGCCACUGCCAAUAGGUCAUUUAAAUUAUCCAAACCUAACAGAGGGUAAUUUAUUUGGGAAUAUAAUGCUUGGUAUACAGCUUUGACAUUUUCGUUAUUAUUCCAGUCCAGAUGGGCCGCUUUCCCUGCACGCUGAAGUUGGGUCCAGGGUGGAAAAAGAAGGACGCAAAGGAGCUGAACUUUACGUGGGACCCGUCUCAGAUCUCGAACAAGAACGACGUGCUUCUCAAUGUGACGCUGAUCGGCUAUAAAGAGAAUAAAACAAGUGUUAUAUGGCAAGACAUCAAGACAAUCAAUUCUUCAGUUCCAAACAACGGAAAUUUCUCGUUUUCUCCAAGCGACCACCGAUGUGAGGGUGAUGAAUGUGACUUUGAGAUUGGAGUCAUAGAAGCUCGGCUUAAAACAAAAGACCACAAGCAGUCCAGUACAUACAUUGCUUUGAACUGUGGUAUGAUACCUCUUGGCUGGCUUAUGAAUCAUCAUCAGCAGCAGCAGCAACAGCCGUGGCCUGACAAGAAAUGCAACACGUGGCAAGCAGAAGACAAGAAGAACACGCCCUGGCUGGAGGAUCUUCUGCCGUGUCCAACCACUCUGGACGACGCCAUGUCAGACUUCGGACGCUGGCAACCUGAUGAUGCCUGCUACAAGGGCAGCAAAAGCAAGACAAACUGCAACUUGCACACGCCUGCCAUCCACUGUGCCCGUUCUUUUGAACCAACGAAGCAAGGAGCUGGUAACCAGUGUUGCUAUGAUUCCACAGGCAAACUGAUAAAGCAUAGAAGCACUCCAGAUCGAAGUCACGACUGGGGAUCGACUCCCUACAACGAGCCUCUCCGUGUACCGUCAGCUUCCCACUGGCUGGUGGACAUCAUCCCCAUAUUCUACUGCUGUAAAUGGAAUACCACUGGCAACUGCUCCCGCUACCUGGAACAGAGACCAGCUAAAUAUAAGCAGUACCAGCCUCCGAAACCCGGUAUUAUCAGCCUACAAGAAGAUCACCUUUUGAAGACAUUUGAUGAUUUGGAGUAUACAUUUCAAGCAAAGGGAGAUUUCUGGCUGUUUAAAUCAGACAGGAUAAAAUUGCAAGGAAGAUUUGACACCGAACAAAAAAAUAUAGCCAUGAAAGAAGAGGGAGACGUCGUGGAAAUUCGAGUUGCUCCGUCGAACCUGUUUUCCGGAAACCGUCUCCAGGUGUUGGUUAACAACGUCAGCAAGUUCUUUGAUCACGAACCUCUUCGUAUGCAGGAUUUCAAAGAUGUUUCUAUCAUUACAAACGAAGCUAAAGGUAACCUUGGCAAGCAUGGUAAUUUCACAGUGAUAUUCAAGUCUGGAGUGGGUGUUGUUGUAGCUGAAGACGAGCGUCGGCUGUAUGUGAAAAUAAACUUACCACCGAAGUACCAGAAUAAGAAGGACUCUGGUGGUCUGCUUGGUACCUGGAAUGACAACAAGAACGAUGACUUAACCAUACGUGGAACUAACACUGCUGUCAAAGAAACGUCUGAAGAUGAUUUCAAGAAGUUUGCCUUGUCAUGGUUCGUCAAGGAAAACGAACGACUGUUUCGUCAAGCGUCUACUGUGGAUGAGCCAAUUAUUCUGUUCCAGUCAGCCCACGCCGCCCACGCAGACAUCACGAUGUUGUUGUUGUGCUUGGUGCUAGCUGUGUGGAUGUCGUCCUACUCUACACAGGAUGAGGUCGGCGUGAAACGUCUCGGGUGCAGAAGCGAGUCAUGGACGUAACGUGGAGAAGCCGACCCUCCGUGAAUUGAUGAAAAGAGCGGCAGAUAAAGAUUGAUAAACCGUUCAAAUUGAGCCAACCUAGCUUUUUCAAAUAUUCCUUGCGAAUGUCACACAUGCUUGUAUAGCUUCUGUAGUCCAAUAUGCCUUUACUACCUGCAUUUGAAGAAAUGUGCAAUAUACAGACGAAAAGACAAGCUAUCAACAUUUAACUUCUUUUUUAAAGAGGACGAUAAAGAUUAUAAAAUUACUAUUAUUUUGAAAUCUGUAAUAUUUCCCAUAGUUACAUCUCUGUCAGAUUGAAACUAGACUAUUUCUUUAAAGACAUGCACGUAUUUGGGCUGGGUUGGGAGUUGCAAAUUAAUUCGAAAUGGAAAGAACUAAUGACGUUUGACAGUUAUUCUAGAAUGAAGGUGAUGAAAUCUUCUCGUAUUUGUUUUAUUUGGUAAAUAUUGGUGCAUUUACCAUCAGUGAAUAUGGUGGUUUAGUAGAAAUACAAACAAGGGAUACCAAAAUAUCUUUGAGAAUUCAUAAAGUAUUGCUUACCAUUAAUUAUUAUUAAAGUUAAUUGCGAAGUAGCAAGGAUUUUUAAUUUGGAUUUUUGUUUUAUAUUAAUUUACUGUUUGCUUGCUUGGUAAUAAAAGUCAUAA